AUGGCAUCUAACGGCAUUGGUUGGCACAAUCCUCAUACAUUCCUUUCAGGAGCAGUGGAUCCGGAUGACACUGAAGGCCUCACUUGUGAAAUCAAGACGUACGAGGCUCGCUUCAAUUCUCAGGGGGAACAAAUAACUCUGCAAGUUGGUGCAAGACGAGACCUUGAUAGGCUGAAGGAUAGGGAUCACGACUCGGCGCUUGUGCUCACAAGGUUCUAUAGAAGAAACAAGGAGCUCGAUUUUACAGAGUUGGAAGUGCGCUCACCGUAUCUCAAGGCGGCUCUCCGAGCAGUCAUCGAAGAUUACCCCGGUAUGAACAUACACUCAGGCAGGAUCGUCAUUCGGGAUCUUCCCAGACCUAUUUUUCACUAUCGCGAGGAGAUCCAACGCUACGCAUCCCAACUCCAAGACCCCAUCGCGAAGGAACACAUUGCCUUCGGCUUGAGGUAUAUGUACAAGACCUUACAAAGAGAGGUGAAGAGCUACUACAACCUAAUGAAUUGCCAGCCAUCUAUUCUUCCCGGAUUGGAAUUUCUGACACUUUGGAUGGCGUUUCGACCUGGCUGUCUGAUAUACACAAAGAAAAAUAAUGUCGAGAAAGUGCUGCUCUUGAGGACAAUGACGAGGUGCCCAUGUCCCAAACCAAAAUGCUGCGAUGGACAAUGGACGCUCACCGCCGACCGAAUAGACUACAAUGGCACAGACUUUGGUUAUGCCGGAGCGAUUAUUUUUGUCCGACCAUAUGAUGGUUACAAGCCACUUCAAUUACUCAACGUCCUACCCCUUGAAUACCAUCCGCAGAAAGACCGCAUAACCAAGGAAUUGACUAAUAGAGGCAGAAAAUUCAUCAGCAUGUUAGGAAUCCACCAUCGUUGGUAUGAAGGGACUGCAGCUGCUUUAUCACUACAUAGAAAAAGCACCAUUGAAGGAGAGGAAGAUGAGUUUCCCUUGCAAUCCAUAACUAUCAGAGGUCGAAUCAUCAUUGACUGUGAAGGCUUUGGCCUCAAGUUCCCAAGCCACGAGCCCGAAUUCUCGUACGGCACACACGUCAUCAGUACAGAGUCAGGAGAGCAUCUUGCACUUACAGAUAAGGAUUUCCUUAUCUGCUCUCAUCGGAUUCCAGGGUUUUCGUUGAUAAACAAGCGGUGGUGUUACUUUGAUGUAGACAAGAUCAAAGAUAUCGCAUUCAACACAAAAGCAUUUGGGGCUCUUCUGCUUCCGGAAUACCAAAAAGAAAUGGUACAUUCGCUUGUAAAGGUACACACAGAUAAGAAAAUGCACUUUGACGACGUGAUCAGAGGGAAGGGUAAAGGCAUGAUUUUCCUCCUGCAUGGAACCCCCGGUGUAGGCAAGACUCUCACUGCAGAAAGUGUAGCAGACCAUACUCAAAGGCCAUUGUAUACCGUAAGUUCUGGAGAUCUCGGUAUCAGUGCGAACGUGGUCGAGGAAAAACUCUCAUCAGCUCUUGACCUGGCAACGAAAUGGAACGCCAUAGUGCUCAUCGACGAAGCAGACAUCUUCUUAGAGGAGCGGAGCGCUUACGAUUUGAAGCGGAAUGGUCUCGUUUCCGUCUUUCUUCGAGUCCUGGAGUACUAUGAGGGCAUCAUGUUCCUGACGACGAACCGCGUCAACUCAUUUGAUCCAGCAUUCAAGUCUCGCAUCCACCUCGCAAUCAAAUACCCAUCGCUAUCAAGCCAACUACGGCGCAAUCUUUGGAAGAUGUUCAUCAUAAGAGGCGCACCUGAACACCCUCCCCCAUCAUGGAUGACGGAGCAGUUCCUAGACCGGCUUGCGACAGAAGAAUUAAAUGGCCGGCAGAUCAAGAACAUCGUGCGGACAGCCUAUGCUAUUGCAAUCAGCACCGGGAGCGAAAUGACUACCAAGCACAUCGCCAUGGGUCUGAAGGCCAUCAAGACAUUUGAAGCAGAUAUUAGUGAGGGCCAAGUUGAAAGGAACAGUUCUGAGCAGGAAAAUCCUCCCGAUUCCGAGCACAGAUCGAAGAGAGCAAGAAAUGGAUAGACUCUGGAUAGAAAAAUGCAGGUAUUUGGCUGAGUUUUGGCGGUCAGAUUGAAGAAAACUUGUCUCAUUUUGACUCGCUGAAGUCGUCAGCUGCACAGCUCGCGGAUAAUUUAUGGUACGGGCAUACAGUAGCAAGGCUGCGAGCGUCGCCGACCGAGAGAGCCGUAAAGCAUUUAACCACGGUUCACGAUCGCUGCUAUAUAUUCUGACGUCGUUGGUACAGGUCUGUCGAUUUGGCCCGGAUGGGGAGAGGGGGGGGGAUCUGUCAGUCGUGGUGAGAUGGUGGUCGAUGUUGCGCAUAGUUGUCGUUCGCUAUUACAGUGUUCAUUUCCCUUUAGGUUCAGAUUUGCUCUUGGGAUAAAUUUUCAUAAUUCCGUAGAGAAGUGAUUGGAAGAAAAGAAAAUGGGAAUAAAGAGGAAAUGCAGCAAUAU